AUGGAAGGCACAUCGGAAAACGCAAUCCAGGCUUCGAUGCCUGCAUCACCGCCAGACUCACCUGUUUUGCCAUCUUCAGAGCCCAGUGGGAGGCAACUCCCGCGCAAGGGCAAAGGUAACGACACCGGCGAAGAUGGGCCCGUCACGACCAGGCAACCGAAGAGCAAAGGCCGGGUAUUAUUUUUCGGAGAGCCCGCAAUGGAGCUUGAUGAACUCAGCAUCGAAGAGCUCAGCGACUUUGAAGAAAACGACAUGGACGGUCGGGAUGAUGUUCUUGCCCCUCACGUCAUCGAGUAUGCCGAAUCGGACCAGAGCGAAUCACAUAUUGAGGGUCAUAUCAUAAACGACCUCCGUGACCUAAACUUUCGCAGCCCGGACCCAGAUUCUAUGACAAAUAGCUCUAACUCAAGCGACGAUGAGUAUCAGGAGGUUAUCCAACGCCUACGGGCUGUUAAGCAACGAAAAAGAAGAAUUAUAGCAAGCCUAGGCAAGCGCACAAUGAGCGAGAGGAGUGACAGCGACAGCGGAAGUUUCCAACAUAAGCUACAUCCUGAUCAAGCAGGUUCAAGUGCACGCCGACUAAGUAGGAGGAUCGGGAUUAGACAGAACCUCAUGUUCCAGGAUCCAACGUUAAGGCCUGAUAAGAUGGACGAGCCCCCCGAGGAGCUGGAGGACACGGAGAUGCUGGGCAAAGCUCUACCGUUUUACGCCUUCACUGCCAUGGAGGUGGACUCGCCAGGGACAUCAACCCUAGAUGUUUCACACGUUGCUCCAAGCUCUCUUCAGGGCGCCGGGGGCAACGAAAGUGCUUCCGAUGAGAAAGAUAGCUUCCCUACCAGCUCUAUCUUCGGACUGGAGCUAGAGAUUCCUCAAAAGUCCGGCGAGAACGCAACAAUCGCCGACGACGAUGAAGACACUCGGAGCGACCGCGAGUCUUGUGCCGAUGAGACAAUAUCCGUACAGUCCUACGCCGAUUCAGUAUUUGAUGCCGGCUCGGUCGGGAGCUCCUCGUCGUCUGUUUAUAGUGACACGCAAGCGCUGGUCGGGGAAUAUGUGGGCUUCCUGGUUCGCGACCCAGGACUCGAGAAGCUGUUCACGAGGUCCAUGUUGCCGACAGUGCUUGGCCCCGAGCGGUUCAGACGGAACUACAGCAGGAUCCUGCAGAGCUACGCGAGAGACCUCAAGCGGCAACUGUCGAUGUGGAACGAGCCAAAAAUGCCAUUGCGUACCCAGGGGCUGGCGUUCAUCUCCCGCAGAUCCAUCACGAUGAAGACGGCUAGCAUUAUUGCAUCGAGAUAUAUGGAAAAAGCACCCCGAAGUCCAUUCCACCCUGGUAGGACUGAGGGUGGGAAUGCUGAGAUUCUCGGUGGAGACGAAACCUCCUCUGGUGAAGAGUCUCCCGCAAACGAGUCUGUUCACACCUUCGUGAUCAGUGAAUUGGGACAAUACUUCCGAGAAGGAGCACCGUUUCAACGCAUGAAAAGGAACCUGAGAAAUCUUGUCAUUCCUAGAACACUACUGAGCCGUGUGAAAGCAUCAACCGAGCGCAUAAUGGACCUAAUAAUCGGUGACGAUUACCUGCGGUUCCUACUGUUCAAGGCUUUGAGUGAUCCCUUGGUGCCUGUCAGAGAUCAUUUGCGUGUGGCGGAGUUCAUAGAAACCUACGCCGGCUAUAUUGGCACAAGGGCCGCACAAAAGAUGGAGGGCAUGGAUAUGGAGGCCAUCCUUCAAGGAUCACAGUUCAACACUCAUAACGGAUACAAAAUCAUCAUAGAAGAUAACAAGUCCCAAUCACAACUGCCGAUUAACACCGAACGACAAGUCGAACUUCAAAGCUUCGAAGAGCAAUCUCUCGGGUCAGACGUGGUGCCUCUGGUAAUAGGAGACUUGGCGGACCAGCUCGACCAACACCCUAUUGCACGUUUAAUAGCGAUAUUCAUGCUUGUAUAUCUUUUCGAGGAAGAUUUGAACACCAUGACCGCAACAUUGUUAUGGUGUUGCAGCACAGCAUCUGAAGAACGUCGGGAAACAGGCACUGAGGGCUUGCGGUACUUCACACACACAUGGAGUAUCGGGGAUGGGGAUGACUUGGAACAGAAGUUUCACUGUCACAUCUGGAAGCCGUACAGGAAAUGCCUCUCAUCGACGUCUGAAGAAGUCUUGGAGACCAUCAUAGACGAUAACCUCCCAAAUCUUUGCGAUGCCGACAUCGAUAGCCAUUGGCCCUUCGUCGCUUCCAGCAAAAUCUUCAAAGAAUACGUCGACCGUGUCCGAGACGUUGCAAUCCCGACCUUCUUUCCACAAGCAAAAAGACUCAUUGCCGAGGGCCUUGUGGGUGAUGAAGACCCAGACGCGGAAGCCGGGAAAAUCAACUUGCUACGCGCCCUGGCGGAGCUCCAGUGGUGUUUUAUGCAAACAGGGGUGGCUCCCACCCUGCACAUAUCCACCUCAGAACCCAGUCUGAAAAGCUUCCGCGUCUCGAAUCUUGUCAAGCUUGCCGUCGAAGGAAGCUCACAAUCGACAUGGCAGUGGUGGCCUCUGCAACCACCGAACUCGAGGGGAAAGGCAAGGCACACGGACUGCCGGAUAUCUUGGAAAUGUCUUACAGUCCUUCAGAAUUGCGGUACCGAAAGAGAGGAGAUAGUGCCGUUCGUGUAUGCCUCGAAAUUAAGCCAUCUGGCUUCUCAGUUCCCCCUCAGCAACGAACCCCCGGAGCGGCCACCGAGCUCCUUGAGCAGCGACAGCUCUCAGGCUACGAAAGCCACAAGUGGCUCCGAGUCGCAAUCCACAUCUUCUGGUUCUUCCUCUGCUGCUGGCAGCUCAAGCCUGCGUAGUAGCACCGCCGCGACGUCGCCGAGCUCAUCUGUCAUCUCCUUUGGCACCCCACCCAAAGCCUUUGUAUUCUUGGUUGUGAAAGCGUCCAGGUACAUCCUCGCGCCCAUAGAUGUCACGGAGAAGAAGGCCCGCGACUUCUUCCAAGCCAUUGUCGAGAACUACAACGUGAAACGCGGGUGGCGGCGGCUGCUGUCGAUAUACGUCUACAGCCACUGUGACUUCGUCAAGAUCAAGCGAUACGCUCCACAAAGCUUUGAUCCCGGAGUCAGGUUCUCGUUCCCUCCACACGAUGAGUCGCCCCACGACAAAGAGUACGGGUAUUACCCCCGGCCGAUGCCCCACGCGCCCGUCUCGAGGCACAUGUUUAACCACCUAUUCAACGCCUGCUACAGCGACGCGGGUCUAGCCCGCAGGCUCCACUUUGCUUUCAUCGCGCCGUCCUGCAUCAUCAGGGGCAUCCCAGGCAAGCUGCUCGAUGGGAUGCCCAAGAGGGACCGGCUGGUGGACGAGCAGGCCGAGUUUGGCGAGGACCAGGACGUCGAGGUCUUCUGGGGCCUUGUUGCGCGGGAGCAGAGGUCAGCGCUGAGAGUAGCUGUAUACAUGCUCCUCGGGCUUGGGCCUUCACUGUGGUUCAUGUUUCAGUGGUUGUUUGGAUGGGGCCAUGAUGGAGACCUGCAGGACGCCACUGUGCCGUUGAUGUUCAGUGCGACUAUGCUGGGUAUCCUGUGUGCCGUCGUGUAUUCUGGCGACGAGGUGAGGGAGGUCGAACAGCCGCGUUAA